CCCCCUCCUCUUCCCCCCCUCCUCCUUUCUUCCGACUCUCAAUGUUCGGCAGCCGGCCGGAGCCUGCUCGUUUACCCCCCGGCUCGGUAUCUCCAGGAUUCCCCUCCCCGCCGCACCGUCCAUCGGCUCGAGGCUCGGCACGGGACCCGCUCCGGAGGUUAUACUACGUAUAAAUAUAGUCCAUCAAGAUGUCAAGUGAUAGGCAAAGGUCAGAUGACGAAAGUCCAAGUACCAGCAGUGGUAGUUCAGAUGCUGAUCAAAGGGACCCGCCAGUGCCUGAACCAGAAGAGCAAGAAGAAAGAAAACCUUCAGCGGUCCAACAGAAGAAAAAUACCAAAUUAUCUAGUAAAACCACUGCUAAGCUAUCCACUAGUGCUAAAAGAAUUCAGAAGGAGUUAGCUGAAAUAACCCUUGAUCCUCCUCCAAACUGCAGUGCUGGACCUAAAGGCGACAACAUUUAUGAAUGGAGAUCUACUAUUCUUGGACCUCCAGGAUCUGUAUAUGAGGGAGGUGUAUUUUUCUUGGAUAUUACGUUUUCUUCAGAUUAUCCAUUUAAGCCACCAAAGGUCACUUUCCGCACCAGAAUCUAUCACUGUAAUAUCAAUAGCCAGGGAGUAAUCUGCUUGGAUAUUCUUAAAGACAACUGGAGCCCAGCGUUGACUAUUUCAAAGGUUUUGCUAUCUAUUUGUUCACUUCUGACAGACUGUAAUCCUGCGGAUCCACUGGUUGGAAGCAUAGCCACUCAGUAUUUGACCAACAGAGCAGAACAUGACAGGAUAGCCAGGCAGUGGACCAAGAGAUAUGCCACAUAAAUUCAUUGUGAAAGAGUAAAAGGCAUCUGUACAAUGUGCAACAAAUCUUUAUAACCUUUACAAUAUGGACUUCUGUGUAUAUGUUAUACUGAUUCUACUCUCUGCUUUUAUCCUAUGAAGACUGGUAUACUGCCCCACAAGGUAAAUGCUAUGAAGAGUAGAACUUUGUAGCUGUAGAUUAGUAAUGUUAAAAUGCCUACUUGCAAGUCUUGCUUCUUUGGGAUAUCAAAUUGUAUUUUGUGAUGUACUAAGGAUACUGUUCCAAACCAAAUAUUAUAGUGCAUUCUAGCCUAAUUCAUUAUCUGUAUGGCGUUAUUAAAGUUAGCUGUAGAUUACUAGAAAUUGUCAUUUGUAUUAAACCCAGAAAUAUUUCCAAUUAUGUGGUACACGCUGUUGUGAAAACUGUUUUAUCUUUGUCAGUUUGUACUGAAAGGAUUUCCUUUUAUCCCUUUGUAGCUCAGAGAGCACCCAAUGUAUUAUCCCAAACACAAUAAACAUGUUCCCUAAGGUGUA